CCCAGGGGACAGAUGUCUUGGGAUCUUUAACAUUUGGGAUGCUGCAAAUGCCGAAGUUAAAUGAAAUACCUCCGGGGAGGGGAGGCCCGGGGGAGCCUUGGGAAGAGGGAAGAUGGGCGGGACCAACAGGUCUUGAAGAGGCGCGCCGGGCGCGGGGGGCACAGGGGCAGGCGCUGGGCGCCAGAGCUCGGUGGGACAGCUGGGGAAACUCCAGACUACCUAUACAUCCUGGCCCAGGCUGGGGCCGGCACAGCCCCUCCUUCCUCUGUGCCCCCUCCUCCAAGAAACUCAUCAUGGAGAGUAGUAAGGAUGAGGUCAGCGACAGCGACAGUGGCAUCAUCCUGCAGUCUGGCCCGGACAGCCCUGUCUCUCGAAUGAAAGAGCUCACCAACGCAGUGCGCAAGCAGCAGAGGGCCCUGGAAGCGAGGCUUGAGGCUUGCUUGGAGGAGCUUCGCAGAGUCUGCCUGAGGGAGGCGGAGCUGACUGGUUCUUUGCCAGUGGAGUAUCCCCUUAAGCCAGGUGAGAAGGCCCCCAAGGUCCGGCGCAGGAUCGGAGCAGCGUACAAGCUGGAUGAGUGGGCCCUGCACAGAGAGGACCCCCUGAGCAGCCUGGAGCGCCAGUUGGCUCUGCAGCUUCAGAUCGCUGAGGCGGCUCGCAGGCUGUGUGCAGAGGAGAACCUCAGCCGACAGGCACGUCGGCAGCGGAAGCACGCUGCUCUGCAGGAGGAGAAGAAGCUUCGGGAGCUUCAGCGUUGCCUGGGCGACCGGCGGAGGAACAGUGAGCCCCCUCCCACCACUGUGCCCUCCCUGGGCAGAGAGCUCAGUGCUUCAGAUGACAGCUCCCUGUCUGAUGGGCUACUCCUGGAGGAAGAAGACUCUCAAGUGCCAAAACCUCCCCCAGAGUCCCCGGCACCACCUUCACGGCCUCUCCCACCCCAGAGCCUCGAGGGCCUGCAACCAACAGGACCUGAAUCUGGCGGCCUGGAACGGGCCCCCAUCCAAAACAGUCCGUGGAAGGAGACCAGCCUGGACCACCCCUAUGAGAAGCCUAGGAAGUCUUCUGAGCUCAGUAGCGAGCCCAGCAGUCCUGCCACCACUCCUCAGGACCAGCCCAGCCCCUCCAGCCUGUGGCUGCUGGAUCCUGCCUCCUACCAUGUGGUCCCCAUCCGAAGUGUUCCUGGCCAGCGGCAGGGCCGCACCAGUGCCCCAGCCACCCCUGAGAUGCAGGGCAGGAGGGGCCAGUCGCAGUCUCUGAGGGUGGACUCCUUCCGAGCUGGUGCGGAGGGCCGGGGGCGCAGCGCCUUUCCCCGCCGCCGCCCCACUCAUUACACGGUGACUGUGCCAGACUCCUGCUUUCCAUCCAGCAAGCCCCCGCUGCCACACCCUGCCUGCCACUCCUGCUCUGAAGACAGCGGCUCUGAUGUCUCCAGUAUCUCCCAUCCCACCUCGCCCGGCAGCAGCAGUCCAGACAUCUCCUUUCUAAGACCCCUCUGUCCUCCUGAGACACCUUGUCACCGUGGGGCCUGGGGCCCAGCUUAUGGCAGAGAACUGGCCACUCACUACCCUAAACUUCUGCUGCCGCCUGGGUACUUCCCAACGGGGCGCUAUGUGAUGGUGGCCGAGGGCCACCUGCCGCCCAGUGAGUGGGAGCUGUGCCGUGCAGCCCUGGGUGCUGCCUAUGACGAAGAAGGUGCACCCCUGCGCUACCAGCGGCUGGUGCCUUCCCAUAGCCGCAUUGUGCGCACGCCCUCACUGAAGGACAGUCCUGCGGGUCGGGGACUCAGCAAGGCAGCCGUCUCAGAGGAGCUCAAGUGGUGGCAUGAACGGGCACGCCUCCGGAGCAGCCGUCCCCACUCACUCGACCGCCAAGGGGCUUUCCGCGUCAGGAGUCUGCCUCCUGGGAGGGAGAGCUUCGGGAGGGCCUCUGGACCCCGGACACAGGUGCCCCCGGUGUGUGUACUCCGGAGGUCGCCAGAUGGGGCCCCCGUGCAAGUCUUUGUGCCUGAAAAUGGAGAGAUCAUCAGCCAAGUGUAACUCCUCUGGAAGCCUUGGCCAAUGCUGGAAAAGACUUGUAUAUUGGAGCUGGGGUUGAGACACACCCCCCA